ACACACCUCCCCGCUCACCUCUCCCCAGGCGGGCAGAGCCUGCCCUCAGCCCUGCCAGCCUGCGCUCCCCUGCCCUGCGCUCCCGCCUGGGCGGGGGGACGUCUCCCCUCCCUCCUCCCCUCUCCCCUCCUCCCCUCUCCCCCGCCCAGGUGGCGGGGCUGGAUCCAGGUGAGCCCUCGGCCCCGGGGAGCUCUGGCCAUGGCAGCGGGCGGGCUGGGGAGCUCCCUGCUGCUGACGGCCGGCAUCACGCUGGCCGUGGGGCUGUGCCGCAGCCUGGCCCGCCGCCGGCUGCGCUCCCCGCGCCGCCUCCGCGCCUUCCUGCUGGAGAUGCUCGGCACCUUCCAGGUCUGCGCCUGCACCAGCCAGCUCUGCCGGCUGGGCGACCUGGAGCCCAAACCUCACACCGCCCUCACCCUCACCUACGGCUUCACCGUCCUGCACGGCUUGACCCUGCCCGGCAGCACCUGCAACCCCUGCGGGACUUUGCAGCCCAUGUGGGGCGGUGGGAUGCCCCUCGGGACGGGGGGGCUGCAGAUCGGCGCCCAGUUCGCGGCUGCAGCCCUUGCCAGGGUCUUCAUGCGCUUCGUCUGGAGCCUGGAGGUGGCGGAGCCGCAUUUCGGGGCGCUCUCCCAAGGCUGCAGCCACCCCAUGCAGACCACGGAGCUGCAGGCGUUCUGCAUCGAGCUGCUCUUCUCCGUCGUCUUCCAGCUGACCGCCCUGCGGAUGGAGAGAGUUAACCCCAAAUACAGAGUCCAUUUGGUUGCUCUUCUCAUCACCAUGCUCGUGUAUGCAGGUGGUAAUCUCACAGGAGCAAUAUUUAACCCAGCAUUGGCUUUUUCAUUACAUGCUAAUUGUUUCUAUGACAAAUUUUUUAGCUACUCACUGGUGUACUGGAUAGCACCAUCCUUAGGUACAAUACUUGUGGCUUUUCUAUGGGAUGAAAUCCUCCCUCGGAUAUCCUGAGACCUCUGCCACCCAGCAGGACAACAUGACAAACCACUUGCAACAUCUGCAGCCAUGAAGCUUGCAGAAAACUCUUGGACAUCGACUUCCACGUCACCUUUCAGUUGUAUUUUCAGAUCUUGUGUUUGAAAUAUUUGACUUACAACUUCGUACUUAACUAGGUAUUUUUUGUAAUAGCACACUGGGAUUUGGGGAGUAUCUGUCAACAUUUUUUUGGUUAAGCCAUAUGAAUGUGAAGGACUGCUGAAAACAUCAACACUUUGUCACUUUAACCAUAAGUGCCAUUUGCUGACCUUGAUUACAACAUGCAAAACUCAAUUUUUUAAAGAGAAAUACCCAGUCCUUUCAAGGUUUUUCUUGGAUUUCUUCCCCUAGAAGGCACCUGCAAAAAAAAGGAGCUGAAGAUUUCAUUCUUAUAGCGACCUCAUCAUGUUCCUCCUUGCAACAGACCUUAUCUCAGAGAGCAAGAAAAGGCCCCACGACUCCCUAGAAGAGGCUCCACAACUUUGUUCUAGAGGUGCCCUACACCAAAAGCUAAAAGUCUGUAGGACCAGCCUUGUUUUAAUAAUACCUGAGUGCAGGUAAGUAACCCCCUGCUUCCCUUUGGGAAGGCUGUGCCUCAUCCUGUCCCACUAGUCUCUUGAAUGUUUAUCUUGGUUGGAAGGAGCAGUAAUAAAGUACCAUAAAAUUCUCUAGACACUCACAUAAAAGGGCAUUUUAGGCAAAAAAAAAACCCACCCAACACAACAGCACUACUUUAUCUGAGAUGAUUGCUGCCUCUUCACAUAGUAAAUGGACACAGUACAUAGGGAUGAAUCAUGUGGAACUUAAUUUGUCCUUGAUUUUAUGUAACUUAUCAGAUAUUUUUCUUGAACUAAAUGAAUUUGCAAUAUGAGAGAAUAAAUAAAAGGGCUAAAAACCACAGGAAAGCUACAUCCCCCAAAUGGGCACAAACACCCUUUACAGCCUCAUCUGAGAACACCACCAAUAGGUACCAUCCUUUGCAGUUGUUUCUAGCAUGACAUUUCUCCUUCUGGAUGCCUCUUACAUGUUUUUAUAUGCCAAAGUAUAUUUUUCAAAUGUAAGAUUAAAUUCAGUUUUUCACUCUGUAGUUACUAGGUUUGAGAGACAGUUACAAGCCCUACAAAGCCCCUCUAUUCAUUACCUAAUUCACCUUGCAGACCACGUUCUAAGAGGAAGGGAUCAGACAGGGUUUGAGGUUUUUUUCACAGUAAAAUGAUGAAUCAAAUCAUAAACAGCUACUCUUGUCUUCUAUCUUUUAUUGCAAGAGGUUGGGAAGUAAAUAUUUCCAUGUAAUUUCUUACUUAAUGCAAUAAAAAUCUUUCCUCACUUUCA